AUGGGUAGACGUAUCGCGAGCCGAAUCGCUCUCACGCGACUCGUGACCGCCGGCGGCCGCCGAUUUUCUCUAGAAUGUUCGCGUUGUGCGCUAUCUUUACGUUUGCGCUCACACUCACUAGCCUUCGCACUCACACUUGCUGGGCUGCCAAGUAGCCGUCUGCGGCCGCUUCGCUGCUCUCCGUUCCUUCUUUCGAACUUUUCCAGCAAGUCCGAGUUGAUCCUGUACUUGCCUCACGGCGUUCUUUUGACGACGCCCCUCCCACAAUUUCCGUAA